CGGCUGCACCGCGUCAAACAGCGAACCGCCCUCCCGGAGUGGAGUCGGACAGUGAGUGCCCCGCGCAGCCCUUGGCCGAGCCCCGCAGCCCCGCAGCCCUCCGAGACUCCGAGCCCAGUGUAGCGUCGCGCAGCGCGCCCUCCAGCCCAGCGCGGGACCCUCACUGUCUCCGGGUCGUCCGCGGCCACCCCAAACUCCGCCAUGAUGUCGCGGCUAGCCCUCGCGCUGCUGGCGAUCGCGGCGCACGCCGGCGGCAACCCGCAGUACAGCUACCACCUCGUGCACAACACGUCAGGCUACUCCACGCCGGCGCGCUCCAGCAUCGAGGUGUUCCGCGGCUACGGCAGCCCGCCGUCCGAGUCCAUCUCGUACCUGGAGAGCCCGCUCGCGGCGCUGGGCAUCGAGGACCAGCCGCUGGCGCCCCAGGCCGUGUACGGCCCGCCCGCCAUCGCCCUGCCGCCGCCCGUGAGGACGCGGCCGAGGCCGAGGCCCGCGCCGACCACCUACCUCCAACCCGGCCACAACUUCCUGCAGGCCACCGGGUACGGCGCCGCCGACCUGCACCCGCUGGCGGCCGGGCCGCGGCCCGAGUGCGCCGCCGCGCCCGUCGCCUGCCCCAACAACAAGUACCGCACCCUGGACGGCUCCUGCAACAACCUGCGCCGCCCCGCCUGGGGCAUGGCCGGCACCCGCUACGCGCGCCUGGUGCCCGCCAAGUACGCCGACGGCAUCCACGCGCCGCCGAUAUCCGUGACCGGCCAGCCCCUGCCCUCCGCGCGCGCCAUCUCCGUCGUGCUCUUCCCCGACGUGGACAUCAAGGACAAGCGCUGGACGCUGCUCACCAUGCAGUGGGGCCAGAUCAUCACCCACGACAUGUCCAUGGCCAUGGGCAACACCCAGGCCAAGCCCUACGCCACGUCGUGCUGCUCGGAGGACGGGUCGGUGGCGCUGCCCACGGAGCGCGCCCCGGACGUCUGCUACCCCAUCCUCAUCCCGCGGAACGACCCCGUGUUCGCGCCCUACCGCCAGGGAUGCAUGAACUUCGUGCGCUCCACCACGGACGCCAUGCAAGGUUGCGGCAAUGCCUACGAGCCCGCCGAACAGCUGUCGACCGUGACGUCGUACAUGGACCUGUCGCUCGUGUACGGCUCGAACCAGGCCCUGUCCGACAUGCUCCGCGAGUUCCGCGCCGGCCGCAUGAUCGUGGAGGUGCGGAACGGGCGCGAGUACCCGCCCACCAACCCCAACAGGACGGAGGUCUGCGACGGCGAGGGUCCGGGCGAGGCCUGCUACUUCGGCGGUGACGUCCGCAUCAACCAGAACCCCCCGCUGACGCUGCUGCAGGUGAUGCUGCUGCGUGAGCACAACCGCCUGGCCAGCAUCCUGGCGCACCUCAACCCGCACUGGGACGACGAGACCCUCUUCCAGGAGGCCAGGCGGAUCAACAUCGGCCAGUACCAGUUCAUCUCGUACUACGAGUGGCUGCCUCUCUUCCUCGGCGGGGACAACCUGCGUCGCCACGGAAUCCUGUACAAGUCCCAGAGCCACAUCAACGACUACCGGGAGGAGGUGGAGCCCAGCACCCUGCAGGGACACGCCACGGCCGCCUUCAGAUACUUCCACUCGCUCAUCGCCGGGCACCUCGACCUGGUGGAGGAGCACCGCAACGCCUACGGCUCGCUGCGCCUCAGCGACGUGUUCAACCGGCCCGCCGUGCUGGAGCAGGGCGACGGCCUGGAUGACCUGAGCAGAGGCAUGGUGACGCAGCCUGAGCAGGCCUCGGACCAGUGGUUCACCAGCGAGAUCACCGACUACCUGUUCCGCAUGGGCCGGCCCUUCGGCCUCGACCUGCGCGCCAUCGACGUGCAGCGCGGCCGCGACCACGGCCUCGCCUCCUACAACGACUACCGCCAGUUCUGCGGGCUGCGGCGCGGCCACACCUUCCACGACUUCGCGGACCAGAUCAGCCCGGAGAACCUCGAGAAGCUGGCCUCCCUCUACGUGCACCCGGACGACGUCGACUUCACCGUCGGCGGCUCGCUGGAGAGGCACGUCCCCGGCACCGAGGCCGGCCCCACCUUCAACUGCAUCCUCAUGGAGCAGUUCUACCGCGUGCGCGUCGGCGACCGCUACUUCUUCGAGAGCGGCAACAGCCCGCACCCCUUCACGCCCGAGCAACUGGACGAGAUCCGCAAGUACAGCCUGGCGCGCCUGGUGUGCGACAACGGCAACAACAUCCAGAGCAUGCAGCCGCAGGCGCUCAACUUCCCGGCCCACGACAACCCCCUGACGCCGUGCGACCAGCUGCCCUCCCCGGACUACAGGGCGUGGCAGGAAGCGGUGCCCGUGCACGCGUACGCGUCGUACCUGGGCAAGUGAGCCGACGAGCCGGCGCGCCAGCGGGCCACCCCGACUGCCCAGGGCCACGACGGCCCCCACGACGGCCCCCAAGACGGUCCACCCGAGACGUUGUUUAAUUGCCUUCAACAACGCUCUGGGGUCGCCCUGGGGUCGCCCUGGGGUCGCAAAACCCCGUCCCAGGUUCACUGAACCCAACAACAACAACUUCUUUAGAUUAAUAUUUCGGAAGAAAAAGAAAGAAAGGAUCAGUGUUCAUCUUCAAAAUCCUCCGAAUUCUUUUUGUCCUUCGUGCAGAGGUUUCUUUUUGGUUUGCAGGCCAUUGAAGUGUUUGGCCUUUGUAUUUGGAGAACUCUGACUUGGCUAUAUUGAAAUUAUGGUCAACUGAUGCGAUGUUAUGGACUAACUUUGCUGCACAAACCAGACCAGACCAGACCAGUGGUGUAGCCGGAUAAAGGCCUCACGGUAUCCUUAAAUAAUCUUGCAGUAAAAGUAAGAAGUAUUUAUUUUUUAUCAACUUAAAAAAAAGAGUUGCACUUUUAAGACCGUUCAGCUCGUUUUACGUGAAGCAGAGCAUUGCUAGGAGAAUGUUGUAAAUAAUGUACAAACGCCAUUUCAUAAGUUACCUCAAAGCGUUCAAAACUUUUAUACAUAUGCCAUCAGUCAUUACUGACAGACUAGUUAAGAAAAUGAGCUUCGGAAGAAUUGUUUCUCGUCCACUCGGCUCACACCGAGUGCCAUCGGAGCAACACUUCUUCCCAUCCUCAUUCGUGAUUGGGGUGGUUUUUAGAGUUACCAUGACUCGUAACCUUCUUCAUUCGCGGCGGUCCGCCGCUGUCAUACCUCAGUGUGUGUGUUCGAAUCUAACAAUCAUGUAUUUUUAAGUACGACCAUAUGUGUCUAAUCUUCACAUUGAAGCGCGUGUCUCGACGUAUGACAUCUCGUCUUCCGACGGGAUAUCCUGUAUAUUUUUUUUCGAGCGAAUUAAACUAUAUUUUAUUACGA